GGCGGGGCGGCCGCGCGCACGAAACGGUGUCUGCGAGCGUCUCUCUGUCUCUCUCUCCCUCUCUCUCUCUGUGAGAAAAGGCGGGGAGGAAGGAAAGGAGACAACCGGGGCGGGGAGCGAGGCGGCGGCGUUGUUCCGUGAGGCGAAGGAGAGACGCUGCCGAACAGGAAGCGCUGCCACCAAAACCUCCGAGCCUCUCGGUGCCCUGCACUUGAAGCGAAGAGGGCAAAGUCUGGGCUGCGUGAAGGAGGAGGAUUUGCUCGCCGAGGGGCGGCACCAGAAGGAUUGGUUGCCCUGCUUGCCUUUUCCUUCGCCGCCUCCCCCCACCCUCCCACCACCAACCCGCUUUAUUUUUAUUUUAUAUUUUGUGAGGUGGGGGGGAAACCCCAACAUAUUCACCGGGAACUCCGUUGCCGGGCCGUCCCGGGCCCUCCCGUCGUGUCGGUGGCUGCGAGAAACGCGGAGGACGGCCGAGAAGGAUGUCGGGCGGUGGUGGUGGUGGAGGUAGCCGCGAGGAGGAACGGCGCAAGCUGGCCGAUAUCAUCAACCACUGGAACGCGAACCGGCUGGACCUGUUUGAGAUCAGUCCCCCCACUGAGGAUCUGGAAUUCCAUGGAGUUAUGAGAUUUUAUUUUCAAGACAAAGCAGCUGGAAAUUUUGCAACAAAGUGUAUUCGUGUGUCUAGUACUGCCACAACUCAGGAUGUGAUAGAAACACUUGCAGAAAAAUUCCGGCCAGAUAUGCGAAUGUUAUCAUCCCCCAAAUAUUCACUUUAUGAGGUGCACGUCAGUGGAGAAGAAAGAAGAUUGGAUAUAGAUGAGAAGCCUCUGGUUGUACAAUUAAAUUGGAACAAAGAUGAUCGUGAAGGAAGAUUUGUGCUUAAGAAUGAAAACGAUGCACUUCCUCCAAAGAAGGCUCAGAGCAAUGGCCCUGAAAAACAAGAAAAAGAAGGAGUGAUCCAAAACUUUAAGCGGACCCUAUCAAAGAAAGAAAAAAAAGAAAAAAAGAGGCGAGAAAAAGAAGCACAGCAGCAAACUUUAGACAAUCAUGGGCCAUUUCAUGGAGAUGAUACUGAAAACUCUCGUCUUGCAGCAGAAGUCUACAAAGAUAUGCCUGAGACCAGUUUCACUCGAACAAUAUCUAACCCAGAAGUGGUAAUGAAACGGCGGAGACAACAGAAGCUAGAAAAAAGAAUGCAAGAAUUUCGGAGUUCUGAUGGCAGGCCAGAUUCAGGUGGAACACUAAGAAUUUAUGCAGAUAGUUUGAAACCAAAUAUACCAUACAAGACAAUCCUACUAUCUACUACAGAUACUGCAGAUUUUGCAGUUAUUGAGGCCCUGGAGAAGUACAGCCUAGAAAAGGAAAACCCCAAGGAAUAUUGUAUUGCUCGUGUCAUGCUUCCUCCUGGUGCUCAACAUUCUGAUGAUAGUGGUGCUAAAGAAUCUAUUCUUGAUGAUGAUGAGUGUCCACUUCAGAUAUUUAGGGAAUGGCCAAGUGAUAAAGGAAUAUUAGUCUUUCAGUUAAAAAGACGGCCACUUGAUUAUGUCCCAAAGAAGCUGAAGAAGCAAGUUGAUGUAAAACUAUUAAAAGGAAAGGAAAGAAUUGAUAGGUCUGGUUAUGGCUCUUCUCUUCCACCUGAGAAACUACCUUACCUGGUUGAACUAAGUCCAGGGAGAAGGAAUCACUUUGCCUACUACAACUAUCCCAAUUACGAAGAUGGUUCUGACUCCAGAGAUAAACCAAAGCUCUAUCGUUUGCAACUAAGUGUGACAGAAGUUGGUACAGAAAAAUUUGAUGACAACUCCAUUCAGUUAUUUGGUCCAGGAAUUCAGUCACACCACUGUGACCUUACUAACAUGGAUGGAGUUGUUACAGUGACUCCCAGAAGCAUUGAUGCUGAAACUUACGUAGAAGGUCAACGGAUCUCUGAGACCACUAUGCUGCAAAGUGGUAUGAAAGUUCAGUUUGGGACCUCUCAUGUAUUUAAAUUUGUGGACCCCAUUCAAGAUCAUAUUCCUAAAGGACGUCUAGAUGCAAGCCACAUGGUCAAAAGUUCACGUCUCAAAUCUGGAGGUGUACAAGAAACUACUUUUGAUUUGGAAGGAGACAUCCAAAGUGUAACAGGAUUAUCUACAAGCAAGAGCAGCAAUAGAUUGGACUGUGACAGAAUGUCAACUUCUAGCACAGCUGAACGAAGCAUGGUGAAACCAAUGAUCAGAAUAGAACAGCAAGAUUAUCACAAGCAGGAUGGCAGACUUCAGGAUGGUCCAGAAUUGAUACUACCUGCAAGUGUUGAAUUCAGAGAAAACUCUGAGGAUGCUUUUUUGUCUGCCAUCAUCAAUUACACCAAUAGCUCAACAGUUCAUUUUAAGCUAUCGCCUACUUAUGUUCUGUACAUGACAUGUCGGUAUGUAUUAUCAAGCCAGUACAGACCCGACAUCAGUCCUGCUGAACGAACUCAUAAAGUCAUUGCAAUAGUCAACAAGAUGGUGAAAAUGAUGGAAGGAGUUAUACAAGAGGUAGACCAGGUUGAUCAGAAACAGAAGAAUAUUGCUGGCGCACUUGCUUUUUGGAUGGCAAAUGCAUCUGAGUUGCUAAACUUUAUUAAGCAGGAUCGAGACUUAAGCCGAAUCACAUUAGAUGCUCAAGAUGUUUUGGCACACCUAGUUCAGAUGGCAUUUAAAUACUUAGUCCACUGUCUUCAGUCAGAGCUUAAUAACUACAUGCCUGCAUUCCUUGAUGAUCCAGAAGAGAAUAAUCCUCAAAGACCUAAAAUAGAUGAUGUCUUGCAUACAUUAACUGGAGCCAUGUCCCUGUUGCGACGAUGUAGAGUGAAUGCAGCCCUGACAAUACAGCUCUUCUCCCAGCUAUUUCAUUUUAUCAACAUGUGGCUUUUUAACAGAUUGGUUACUGAUCCAGAUUCAGGACUGUGUUCACAUUACUGGGGAGCCAUUAUUCGUCAACAGUUGGGUCAUAUAGAAGCCUGGGCAGAAAAACAGGGUUUGGAGCUGGCUGCUGAUUGUCAUCUCAGUCGGAUAGUACAAGCAACUACAUUACUUACUAUGGAUAAGUAUUCUCCUGAAGACAUUCCUAAUAUUAAUAGUACCUGUUUUAAACUCAAUUCUUUACAACUGCAUGCAUUGCUACAAAACUAUCACUGUGCCCCAGAUGAGCCAUUUAUCCCACCAGAAUUAAUAGAAAAUGUGGUAGCUGUUGCAGAAAAUACUGCUGAUGAACUAGCUCGUAGUGAUGGUAGAGAAGUACAGUUAGAAGAGGACCCUGAUCUUCAGCUUCCUUUUCUUCUCCCAGAAGAUGGUUACUCAUGCGAUGUUGUCCGAAACAUUCCAAAUGGAUUACAGGAAUUUUUAGAUCCACUCUGCCAAAGAGCUUUUUGCAGGUUAACACCUCAUCCACGCUCACCAGGAACUUGGACAAUAUAUUUUGAAGGUGCAGAUUAUGAGAGCCACCUGUUACAAGACAAUGCAGAUUUGGCUCAGCCACUGAGGAAAGAACCUGAAAUAAUUACUGUAACACUAAAGAAACAAAAUGGGAUGGGACUAAGCAUAGUUGCUGCUAAGGGUGCUGGUCAAGAUAAACUUGGCAUCUAUGUCAAAUCUGUGGUAAAAGGUGGUGCUGCAGAUGUGGAUGGUCGAUUGGCUGCAGGGGAUCAGUUGCUUAGUGUGGAUGGGCGCAGUUUGGUUGGACUUUCUCAAGAAAGAGCCGCAGAACUGAUGACAAGAACAGGAUCAGUCGUCACACUAGAAGUGGCAAAACAAGGAGCAAUUUACCAUGGUUUAGCAACAUUGUUAAAUCAACCAUCUCCAAUGAUGCAAAGAGUUUCAGAUCGCCGUGGCUCAGGUAAACCCCGUCCAAAGAGUGAAGGUUUUGAGCUAUAUAACAAUUCUGCUCAGAAUGGAUCACCUGAAAGCCCUCAGAUGCCUUGGACAGAAUAUAAUGAACCAAAGAAAUUACCAGGGGAUGAUAGACUGCUGAAAAAUCGAGCUGAUCACCGAUCUAGUCCCAAUGUAGCAAAUCAGCCUCCAAGUCCUGGGACCAAAAAGGUUUAUACUGGAGGAACUACAAAUAAGAUAACUUCAGUGUCUACUGGAAAUCUUUGCACAGAGGAACAGGUACUACCAGCUAGACCUGAAGCAUAUCCAAUUCCAACACAAACUUAUACCAGAGAGUAUUUCACAUUUCCAGCCUCCAGGUCUCAAGAUCGAAUGGGUCCCAUUCAGAAUCAAUGGGCAAGUUAUGAAGAAAAGCCCCAAAUUCCUGCUGAAAGUAAUCACUAUAUCAAUAAUGCAAAUCAGCGUGUAACACGUUCUCAAGAGGAACUGCGGGAUAACAACAUUUAUCAGGCAGAAAGGAAUCAAUUAGAAGUUGCCAUGCAAAAAGAUAUGGAAUAUAUUGAUAGAAAAUCAGAUAGCGAUCCAUGGAUGAAUUCUUCUGUGGAUUCUAGCACAUCAAGCCAGGAGCAUCUAAACAGUUCCUCUAAAUGUAUCCCCUCUGGAUCUUCUUUAACCAAAAGUGGACCUGGCCGUUGGAAAACACCUAUAAUUACUCAACCAAUGUUGCUGGCAGUUUCUCAGUCCACAAGGACAGACUUACCUCCUCCUCCCCCACCAAUGCACUAUGCAGCUGACUUUGAUGGACUGCAAAUGGAUUUACCUCUCCCACCACCACCUCCACCUGCAAAUCAGUUGGGGUCCCAGUCAUCUCAGGUUGCUGCUGCUGCAGAGCGCAAAAAGAGAGAAGAACAUCAGAGAUGGUAUGAAAAGGAAAAAGCACGCUUGGAGGAAGAACGAGAUAGAAAACGUCGAGAGCAGGAAAGAAAACUGGGGCAGAUGCGUGCUCAGCCACUAAUGCCAGCUCAAUCAUUGCUUCCUCCUCUUCAGCAGGUGAAACCGGAGAAGCCUUCAACACUGCAAAGGUCUCAUGAGACGGUCAUUAGAGAAUUGCAGCCCCAACAACAACCCCGAACCAUUGAAAGAAGAGAUCUCCAAUAUAUCACCAUAAGUAAAGAAGAACUGUCCUCUAGUGAUAGUCUUUCUCCUGAUCCCUGGAAAAGAGAUGCUAAGGAGAAGCUGGAGAAGCAGCAGCAGAUGCAUAUUGUGGAUAUGCUCAGUAAAGAGAUUCAAGAACUUCAAAAUAAGCCAGAUCGAACAGGUGAAGAAAAUGACCGCCUACGCAAGCUCAUGCUGGAAUGGCAGUUCCAAAAACGACUUCAAGAGUCAAAGCAAAAAGAUGAGGAUGAAGAUGAGGAAGAAGAUGAUGACAUUGAUACUAUGCUGAUUAUGCAACGACUAGAAGCUGAGAGAAGAGUGAGGUUACAGGAUGAAGAGCGAAGACGGCAGCAGCAAUUGGAGGAAAUGCGCAAACGGGAAGCAGAAGAUAGGGCCAGGCAAGAAGAAGAGCGCCGUCGCCAAGAGGAGGAGCGGACAAAGCGAGAGGCUGAGCAAAAGAGGCGACAGGAAGAAGAAUAUUAUAAUCGCUUGGAAGCCGAGAGGCGCCGCCAGCAUGAUGAAGCAGAACGGCGAUUGCUGGAGCCCGAUGAGCCUGGUCUGUACAGACCUCCGCUUCCACGGGAAUAUGAAUUCCCCUCCCCACCCCUUUCAUCUAAUGCUCCUCCUCCCCCACCUCAACGAAACACUUCUUACCUCAAAACUCAGGUCCUCUCUCCUGAUACGAUUUAUACUGCCAAGUUUGUUGCAUACAAUGAUGAGGAGGAGGAGGACUCCUGUCUAGCAACAGGUCAGAAUAAGUACACCAGUACAAGAAAGUCUUGCGAUGACCUUCCUCCUGUCCCCCCUAAGCCACAGCAGCCCUCCCGCCAGCCACGCCCAGUCUCAGAUGGUUUCUGUCUGUCCAACUCAUGCCAGCCCUCCGUUGUCAAUGCCAACAGUACUGCUAACAAAAUGAGCCAACCCCCUCCCCCACCACACAAGCCAAGUUUCAUCAAUCCCAGCAACACAAAAGGCUCAAACUACACUGGAUCUACUGGAGCACUUGCAGGUUCACAGGAACCUUAUUCAGACUCAAGAGAGAAGAAAUUGAAAAGUCAAGAUACAGAUAUACCUGGUGCACCAGAGAACUUGACUUUCCGGGAGCGACAAAGACUCUUUUCCCAGGGUCAAGAUGUGUCUAACAAAGUAAAGGCAUCUAGGAAAUUAACAGAAUUGGAAAAUGAAUUAAAUACAAAGUAGGAUAACUGUCACCUUAUCAAAUAAUCAGAAAAUCUCUAUGGAACUAGAGUUGGGGCAGUUCAAGGAGGAGGAGCAUCUCAUAUAAAAUGAGAUAUUUUUUUCCGUCUGGACUAUUUCUUUCUAAACUGUAUGUUGCAAUAGCAAGAAAAUCAAUUAUUUGCCAAGUGCUUGUGGUUUAUACAAUUGAGGCACUGUAAAAUAUAUUUUAAUUAAAUAAAUCAAGUGUCAUGUCCUUUUCCACAUCAUUGUCCUUUAGCUGCUUUUGGAACUGUCUGGAAUUGUUGCUUCCUAGUCUUUUACAAAACAUGUAAACAUCUGUUAAGCAGAAAGAGUGGCUGUAGCUUGAACUGCCUAACUACCACGGCUUGUUGCACUGUAGAUUUGAUACAAGUGUAAGGUAAUAUAAAAUUUUAAGAGAUCUUGGGAGCUAGUCUUUCAGAUUAGUAUCAUAAUAGUGAACACUAGUAUUAGGAGUCCAAUUUCUAUAAACCCUUGCUAUAAACACACUUGAUUAUUAGAAAUAAAAGGGCUCCAUUAUCAUGUCCAUACUAAGCCACAUAGAACAUUCUAUGUACAUCUAGAUUUUGGACAUAUUAAAUACUUGACUUGUUUUGAUGGCAGUCCAGCAAUGUAACAAGAUAUGCAUCCUAUUUUUCCCACUGUCUUCUCUCUUCUUACACUGAAGUAUUAAUCACUUCUAAAACUUGAGUUUUGAAGCAUUGAUAAGAGCUUAAAAAUAAGUAAUAUUGGACACUGGGUCUGGUGGUGUGUGCGCGUGUGCGUGUAUGCGUAUGUAUUGUUUUAAAGCUAUUCUGAAAUUUCACACUUUAGCAAUAUGGAAUAAACUUCAAGCGGUAGCUCCAUUGUAGCCAAGAUAAAACCAAAGUUAAAUAUUCACAAAUAGACUAAAGAUGUCAAUUAUCAGUAGCAGGCAAUUAAGCACUACACGCAGGGGAAAUGUGGUUAUUUGUGGCUGCAAAAGGAAAGAAAAAUUGCCUUUCAGUAAGAAUUUCCUUUGAGGAAACCUGGCAAUAUUCUGAUGGCAUGGUCAUCAGACAUUCGUAUAGAAAAGUGCUGGUCAAGGUACCUCUAGUUUGCUAUUGUUCUUUUUGUUUAUAUUGUAGAAGAUGUUGGCAGUUCAAGCUAUUUUACACACUAUGUUGCAGGAUUAUUUAAUUUUUAAAUGGUUGAAAUCUGUUUCACCCACUGAUCUUUCAGCUACAUGUAUAGCUGAUGUUAAGAAUAAAGACCUCAUCUUAGUUUGUUUUUGCAUUGUGUGAUGCUUAAAACAAUAUAUUGUGAUUCUAAACAAAUUUUCUAUUUGAUAAAAGUCCUUAAUUGGGUUUUAGAUGAUUUUUCUGUAUAAUAUGUUCUCUUAUAAAUAUAUAUUUAGGGAAUUAUGCACACUUCCAAAUGCAGAGGGUAGACUUUACUGCCUUAGAAAUCACUUUUAAUAAGAGUUGUAUGAUAAAAAAAAUAAAUGCAAGUUAAUGAUAAAAUUGGAGUGUAAAUAUUUUUUUUACAUAGUUCAGGUUUCUUAUUUGAAAGUGUUCUUUUAAUGUUCACCUGUUAAAUAUGAAGUAGGAGAUUAAAUUGGUUGAAAGUGUUAAUGAAGGAUCGCAUGCUUGUUAUGUCUGUUAUUCAGGGAAAAAGGAGGUGUCCCCCAAUUUAUCUUAAGAACACUAGAUAUUCUGUGGCUGGAAUACUGUUGCUGCUAGAAUUUAAGAAAAUAAAUAUUACUUACUGUGGAGUGGAUUUGAACACUAUUUGGCAGGGGCAGGCAACUUUACAAUCCGUGGAUUUCAACUCCCAGAAUUCCUGAGCCAGGAAUUCUGGGAGUUGAAGUCUACAGGUCAUAAAGCUGCCAUAGUUGUCCACCCCUGCUUAUUGGGCAUUCAAGCCAUGUGAAUAUGAAUAAAAAUGCUUUUCAUAAGUUGGUGCAUUAUGGAGAAAACAACAUAAGAACUGCUGUGGUUUCCCAUUUCUACUGUAUUUCACUUGCAACCUAUUUUUAAUAAACUUUGUAUUGUAUUUAA